AUGAACCUGAACUAUCAUGAUGCUAUUAUAUUCAUCCCUCAACAGGAUAUCAAGCUCUGUGGGUUUACAUCUUUCGCAGCCAGAGAUACUACAGAGUAUUCUUUCAAGUACCAAAUCAACAUCGAUGGAGUCACAGUGGAAAAGGAAGAGAAAAUAGCCACAGACUUUGAAGACAAGUACUACUGAAGACACAGACUUAACUCAUUGUAUCCAGUCAAAGCAGGCCAGAAGAUAGAAAUUACAGGCUGGACAGCCAAAGACUUCGACAGCUUUAAUGAUUAUGUUUAUAUUUACAGCGGAAAGGGAGGUUAUAAUUACACAGAAAUCGAGAACGAGCACAUGGGCUUAUUUGUUGUUGAAACUAAGAGUCAAAGUUGAAAUUGGACGAAUGUUUUAAUAGGCAAUUUUCCAGAAAUACUUUACUAUUUGUAA